AAGCCAGGUGCUCUGAUACUGUGGAAUGCCCGGGGGCCUCUGACGAGCUUGGAUGCGGACCAGAUUACGUCUGCAGAGCAGACGAGUUUUAUUGCCGAUGGGACAACUCAUGCAGAGACUACACGGAGUUAUGUGAUGGUAUACACAACUGCCCUGGAUUUGAUGAGUCUUUCUGUAAUUCUGUAUGCGGUGGGAACGAAUAUGUAAUACGCCCUCAAGAGGAAACUUUCUUUGAAUUCACCUCCGCACAUUUUCUACACCCCAGUGGAUUUUACGUGUGUUCGUGGUCAAUUGUGAGCGAGGUGAACGCCUACGUGUUUUUUGAAAUCCUCACGUUGGAUUUACAACCAAAUUGGAAGUUUCGUGUGUCGGCUGGACUGGGCCGGGACCCAACAGUGGUCCAGAGUACGAUUUUCAUCACUGACUCUCCCUCUUAUAAUGAAAAAGUCUUCAUUGGAAAUCAAACAUCGACUGCUUGGAUAACAGUGAGCUCUAGCCAGUUCCUACCCUUCACAUACGGCUCAUUUGGUGCAUAUGGACCCUCUGAGCCUUAUGUUGCAAUGGAUAUCUACCAGCGGGAUGAAAGAAUUUGUCCCGAUGAAUUUAUCACUUGUGGAAAUAAGUUGGAGGUAACUGUUUGCAUUACCAGUUAUGCGUUGUGUGAUGGCAAGUUUGACUGUCCAGACUACUGGGAUGAAAGCCAGUGUAACUAUAUGGAUAUAUGCAGCUAUCAGCAACAUCAAUCUUUGAAUUCUGAGGAAAGGAGGGACUUUGAAGUCAGUGCUUCGCCGUUUGGUAAGAGCUGCUUGUUCUUUGUAGCUACACCACCUCAGUCUCGAGUUGAAAUCAAGACGACAGGACGUCCUGCUGAUGGCACAACCUUGAUGUUUGGCACUGUGAGCGAAAAUGACACUGUUGAUCUGUCAGCGACGUUUCUGACGCUUACCAGUUCGAAAUGGAAUGUGCCUUCAUCGUAUUCACCAACUGCUGGAGUGUCACUAUGGAUCGUAGUGAGCAUGGCUCCAGUUCCGUUCACAAUACCAAGCAUAAUGUCCUUCACGCUGAGAACAUUCAUCGAGACAGACUGUGGGCCAGAUGAGUUUGCUUGCUAUGGUUCUGAAGUGUGUCUCCCGCCGAAUCAGCGAUGUGACGGCAUCCCACAAUGCCCCUCUUUGAGUGACGAGAGAGGAUGCAAUGGGUGUGAAGACAGUGUCUUUACCUGUGAUGGCAACAGAUGCCUGGACGAAAGUCUGCUUUGCGAUGGACUUGCGCAGUGCCAAGAUAUGAUGGACGAAUACCUUUGUGGCCAUUGUGUGGACACUCCAGGGAUAGAUCUCUCGGAUGGAGAGCGACAUGUUAUAUCUUACCAACUUUACAGCAUCUUUCCUGAGUACAGCGGCCACGCGGGGGACUGUCUAUUUCUCAUCACUGCAUUAGCAGAUCACCGGGUAACCGUUUUACUGCGCCGUAUCCCACAGAGCCAUCUCGUGUAUCCGAAUCUGUACCUCGCUAUGGGUGAAGGUCAUGACAUCUCGAACGAGUCUACGACGGUCAUAAACGUCGACUUUUCCCGUUCAGACUUCAUAUCUUAUAGAGAAGCUGUGACGUCAGUUGGAAGCUUGAUGUGGAUCAAGUAUAAAUUCGGAGCUCUUCCAAAUGAUCAGUUACAAGCCUUGGAUUCCGAGAUAAUUCAUUUGGAAAUUGUACAGAUAAGGAAAACAGAAUGUGAAGACACUGGACACGCAUGCGCGUCAGGGGAAUGUAUAAGCCGAUCUCACGUUUGUGAUGGUUACAUCGAUUGUCCCGACUACAGCGACGAAAUAGGAUGCAGUAUUUGCUCCGGCGACGAAUUCCUUUGUCUUUCUGAAAGUAGAUGCGUUCAUGAGACAAGCCUAUGUGACACAGUGUCGGACUGCGCAGACGGAUCAGACGAAGAAGUGUGCGGUCCUUGUGGACGAUACCUGAUUGACCUUUCAAAGCAAACAGCUGAAUCGGAACAGUUCUACAACCUGACUUCUCCAUCCUACCCACUGCCGCCCUCUAGGAACGUCGAGUGCUCUUGGACGGUAAUAGCACCAGAAGGAACGCAGGCCUUGGCGACGAUAGAGACGUUGCAGCUUGGGUCGGCUGAACUGAAUUUUGGCUGGGGUACUGACGCGACCAACAUGGAUUCCACAAUCGGGCCUGAUCUGAAGGACCAAGGCCUGCCCUUAGCUUUGGUGGCCUCAAGAGACAGACAUCUGUGGCUAAAAUUUCGUUCAGGUGGUUUAUCAACUGACAAAGGGUUCUCCAUUCGAAUUGCAUACACAGAUUCAGCGAUGUGCCAGGAUGGUCAGACAAGGUGCGGGGCACCUGAUACGAUGUGUGUCAUGGAAACUGCUAGUAGCUAUGAGAUAUCGUACCUAUGUGGACUUGAUGUCUGUGGUGAGAGGAAUAUCUACCUGGAGGAGGACCUUCCAUACACUCUCACAUCUCCAAAUUAUCCUCAAGAAUAUCCCGACGAUCUGUUGUGCCACUGGGAGUUUCAAACGUCUAGUCAAUUCAUUAUCAUCAGCAUCUUGGAUUUCGAGACUGAAAAUUCGUAUGACUACGUAAUGAUAGCAGGGCCAGGCUUGGAGCUCGGAGAUAUUGCACACGAAUCGGGUAUCAAAUUGCGUCUUACCGGAACAACGAGUAUUACAACGGUAUUGUCAGUGCUUCCUGCAAUCAAUGUCACAUUAAAAACGGAUGCGUCCAUUACGAAGAAGGGAUUCCAAAUGGAGGUCGUGGCAUUUGAAAAGUUAUCGCUGAGUGAGUGUUCAGGUGAACUCGACCUCCAGUGUGAGAAUUCAACCUUAUGUAUUGCACCCAAUGCCGUAUGUAAUGGUUUCAAGGACUGUCCCUACGGAUUCGAUGAACAACAAUGUUACACAGUUAGCUGUCCUGAGUUUUUCCAGUGCAGUAGAAGCAGAGAGUGUAUUUUGUGGGAGGAGGUUUGCGAUGGCACUGCCCACUGCUUGCUAGGCGAUGACGAGAUCAACUGUGAUUUGAACCGAUGCCCAAGUGAGUGUAGAUGCUAUUACAAGGGUGACGCCCUCUAUGUCAGUUGUCAGUCGGGAUGGACAAGAGACACUCUUGAUAAUAUGGCAGCUACUACCGAUGUGUUGGAGCUAACUAGAGGAUCCGUCAGCAUCCUGGAACCAGGCCAUUUUAAACGGUUCUUUAAGCUUCAAGCAUUGUACCUCACGAACAAUCAGAUACAAAACAUCCCACCGCUGUCAUUUGAUGGUUUAGAGAAACUUCUUUGGCUGAAUAUUUCACAGAACAACUUCACUACAUUACAAAAGGAUGCCUUCAAAGAGCUGGAAAUGUUGCAAGGACUUGUCAUAUCCAAUGUUCCGGUGACAAAUAUUGAAGAAUCAGCAUUCAGUGGACUAAAGGAGCUCCGUACAUUGGUGUUGAUUCGCGGAAGUUACUUAGAUGAGCAGGAUUUGCCGAUUGACAUUCACCCUCAAGCUGUCCAGGAUCUUACUAAGCUUCACACAUUAUAUCUCGAUGACUAUCACAUAUGCUGCGAAUUCAACAAACUGGAGUCGUUCGACCCAGCUAACUGUUUUACCACUGAACAGCAAUCGCCUCUCUUUAACUGUGGAAGUCUAAUGCAGAACACAUUCCUUCGUGUCUCCAUGUGGUUUCUUGGCCUGAGCGCCCUGGUCGGUAAUUUGGGAGUAGUUGUUUGGCGGUGUUCGACAUCGGUGAAGACAAACAUCGGCCAGGGUACCAAGUAUGUGCACAAUUUUCUCAUCCUGAACUUGGCCGUGUCUGACUUUCUCAUGGGGGUCUACAUGGUAAUAAUUGCCUCAGCAGAUGUAACCUUCGGGGAAUGGUAUUAUACAAUUGCUUCAAAUUGGAGGCCAAGUGUAGCGUGUAAGAUUGCAGGCAUCAUUUCAGUCUUAUCCAGCGAAGCAAGUGUGUUCUUCAUAACACUCAUCAGUGUAGAUCGGUUCUUAUGUAUCGUUUUCCCUCAUGGGGGCAUUCGACUUGCCAAGCCAACUGCUCGAGUAGCUGCUGUCAUAAUUUGGUUUGGGGCGUUCAUUCUCAGUAGCCUUCCUACCAUCUUAGUUGGCUCAGACGUAAAGUCAGACGUUUAUGGUCUGUCGGAUGUCUGUAUUGGUCUUCCUCUUAUCACUAAACCUGCUAGCUACAAGCUGGAGGAAGGUGACGUCGGCAACCCUUUAGGUAGUCAAAGUUUCAGGAUUCCUGUCGCGCAGGACCACAGGCCGGCUUGGGUCUACUCCAUCGUUCUCUUUCUGGGAGUUAAUUUGCUGUGUUUCCUCAUCGUUGCCCUGUGCUAUCUUGUCAUCUUCAUAAAGGUCAGGCAAUCCUAUCAACGAGUGAAGGGCAUACGGAUCCGAGGCUCGAAUCUUCAUCAAUCCAAUAGAGAAGAGAUGAACAUGGCGCUCCGAAUGGCUGUCAUCGUGGGGACUGAUUUCUGUUGUUGGAUGCCUGUUAUCAUCAUGGGUCUUCUUUCACAGACUGGUGCCGUUACUAUUCAGCCUCACAUGUACGCCUGGACUGUUGUCUUCAUCCUCCCCAUCAACUCAUCGAUCAAUCCAUACCUGUAUACACUCUUCAGCGUGAUCUCGGCCCGUCACUCAACUAAAAGCAGCCAAAGUUCCGUAAACACUACUCGGCUCAGCGAACUAAGCUCGAGACCCAAGGAUGACAUGAGGACUUGCGCCUGCGCAAAUCCCUGUCCCGAGAGUAACACACGUUUAUGAUUUCGUACCGAUAUGAAGAUAAUGGAAGAAUCCUUUUCAACACUAUCGCUGCGAGAUUAAAAUUAUAUAUUGCUUAACGUCAGUACUUCCUCUAACAAUAAAGGCCGACAUCCCUGGUAUGGUUCCCUGUUUUUAUGACGGGAUCCUGUUUUGCAGUAGUUCUGUACGCAUCCCCCAACGCCUCAUUAACAGAGACAAGUUUUUUUUUGUAGAGGCAGUGGACUGGAACCUUGUCACGAUGUGGGUUUAAAUUCAGUUAGAUUGCAAUGGUGUCAAUACUUCGCAAUACAACAGUCUAAGCGGAUCAAAUAUAACGAAUUUUGUUUGCUUCUCACAGCACUGUGACAAAGGGGAUUUCCCCAAAGCUACCUGUAAAAUUUUAAUAUUUCCAGCAGUAACGAAAUUAAUAAACGCAAGAGUUUUGCAAGUCUUUGGUAUUGUUAUACAAUGUACCUUUUGAUGUACAACAGUUGAAAAUGCAAUCUUCCUCCACACAGGUUUAUCCUGUGUUAGAUUAACUAGGCCGUUUGGCCCAAGCACCGUACAUAUUUCUAUUGUCCCUACUGAACGCCGAAUGUAUUGGAAGCAUUUUGACCUUGGGCGUCUUAGACGUCGUUUACCAUGCACCGGUGGGAAAAUAUAGUGCAUGCCUUUGCUGGCUCUUCAUCACGCAACUGGAGGCGAGGAUGUGGCCAGCUGUCAGGAUCUGACUCUUUGCAUAUGCACCCUGACGAUUCUCUCCUUUGUUGAAUUUAAAACACUCACCGGUGCAGUCGGGUAGUCUCAACUGAUUCAGGUUUCAUCUCAUCUUGGUCUCGUUUGUUUGACACACGGUCCAUUUUAUGUCCUGGUUUACACGUGGAAGCUACUCGAACGCACCCAACAGUGGGUUGGUAGAGGAAUUCUUUACUUUGGUGUGGGAUAGGUUUACAUCAGGACAUAGGACUGAAUGACUGGCAGGUGUGACAUUCUUUUUUUUUUCUCCAGUCAUACCGCUACAGGUCAGCAAUUAGUGAAGCUUGAUUGACGUUCUAUCAUUUUGUAACCAAUGUUUAUUGGGUAUUUCAGUUUUACUGUAUGUAAUGUUACGCUGUGCUUAGUUUCUUGGAAUUUUGGCAGCCGUUCCAGGCUGAUACAGUUGAGUCAAACUUUAAAUUUUCAUAUUGGGGCUUGGCCCUUGUUUUGGUUGCUACCACAAUACUGUAUUAUUUGACAAAACUACUCAACGUUUAAAAUUAAUGCUAGUUGCUUUGAUGUAUCGAUCUACUAUACUGGUAAUAGAACGAAUGUAAUGACCAGCAGAUACAGGGUAUUUAAAACAUGUCAUAAAAUUGCGCCAAUGUGUAGAUUCAUGUUACCAACACAAGGCAAAAAGUAUUGGAAAAUUUUAACACUCUUAAUGAUACUGAAUACAACAGUGGUCAGUAUCGUGAGAAAGAGGACCAAACCUAAAAAAAAAAAAAA